UCGCUCUAUAAAACCAAACCUGCUCUUUUUCUUUGGUCGCUAUAGCAAAAUUAUACUAAUAACAAGAGAAAUGGAGGGUCUAAUUCCGUUAGUAUACAAAGCCGUCAUGCAAAUCCGUUACGGUAACGAGUCGCAGCAACUUUCUUCAUCUUACUACGUUCGUCUUCCGGGCGAUUCGGGUCGGUUCGGAAGAUCCGAUUUCGAUGUAUCGGGUCUCGGAUCUUCUUCCAAUACGGCGUCAUCGUCGACGACCACUACUACGUUUGCUGUUUACACGGGAGUCCAAUCACCCGUUUCUCGUCAGGUUGUCACGUGAUUCACACGCGCUUCACAAGGAACCUGAAGAUGCGUGUGAGGGAAGGGUUCGUGACUUUUGUUUUGUGUGUUUAGUUUUUCUUUAUGCGUUAGGCUUGGACCGGUUUAAUAAACCUGAUGUAAUAAUUCGGUUUGGGAGAUUGAUUUUCUCUAAGCGUAGGCUUUCGCCCAAAAGGGUGGUCUCGUGGCAUUUGAUUUGUGUGUUUCUGUUAAUUGUAUAAAAUUUAUAUAAAUAUUUAGUUUACUCUGAACAAUUAUGUGAAAUGAUUGUUAAUU